AUGAACGUUUAAUAAACAAAGACAUCAUCACUUAAGGAUUUUUAAAUCAUUUAAGAGUUAGGGAAGGGAUCAUUUAGUACAGUUUACAAGGUAUAUUUGGUUUUUAACAGUAGGUCAAAAGAAUUGCAGAUGGCUAAGAAUAUGCAUUAAAGAAAGUGAAAUUAGGAUCUUUAAAAUAGAAAGAAAAAGAGAACGCACUAAAUGAAGUCAGACUAUUGGCUUCGAUUAAUAGCAAGUAUAUAGUAGCCUACAAAGUAACAUAACGAGUGAUAAAUAUAGGAAGCCUUCUUUGAUGAUGAAUCUAGAUGUUUAUGUACCGUAAUAGAACUUUUAUCAGGAGGUGACGUGUAUCGUAGAAUCACUCAGGCUCUAAAGGGAGGCCCAUUAUUCUAAGAAUAAGAUAUAUGGAAAGCUUUGAUUCACAUGAUUUUGGGGUAUGAGUUUGUAGUUAAGUAGAUUGAAAACACUUCAUGAUUAGAAGGUAGUGCAUAGAGAUUUAAAAUCAGCAAAUGUUUUUCUUUCUAGAGAUGGAACUUUCAAAUUGGGAGAUCUGAAUGUGUCGAAAGUGGCUAAGCAGGGAUUUGUUUAUACUUAAACUGGAACACCAUAUUAUGCUAGUCCUGAAGUGUGGAGAGAUGAACCUUAUGAUUUGAAGAGUGAUAUUUGGUAUCUAAAUUUAAUCAUGUAUAAGGUCCUUGGGUUGUGUUNAUUUAAUAUUGAAUUAUUUGCUAUUAGAAAAUCUGUUAGAUAUGAAAUAUCAAUAGAUCUAACAAGAUUUAACUUAAUUGAGAUAGUAAAUCUUAAUUAUAUAUGUAUGCUUAGUCAUGUUUGAUGAUAAUUUAAAAAUAGAAUGUGGAAUGCUAAACUACCAAAAAUAGUAAAUCUAGCCUUGA